GGCUGGAGCCAAUCCAUCCCUGAGCUCACCCUGACUGAGGAGAGACUGUAGCCAAGCUACAGGGCUGCUGUAGGGAGAGCAGCAGUCAAGGCCCAUGCAUUAGCAGAGAGAGGAGGGGGGGUGCGAGAGGGAGAGAGAAGUCACAGUGUAAAGAGGAGAGAGCAGCACAAAGCAAAUCCAGCAGCACACAGUAACAAUCGUGAAGCCUGACACGGCACAGCAGAUUUAACAGCAGUGAUCUGUCACAGAAAGGACAUCUCUUUACCGCCCAGAUCAGCUUUAACAAGAAGACCGGUCGGCUUGUAUUAUGACUGCAAAACACUGAAGAAGUGGCUGGAGCUGAUCUGCUUUCAUCAGGUGUUUCCAUUUAUAGACAUCUGAUACGUUGAAGAAAAUGCCAGAACAAAGUAAUGAUUACCGAGUAGUGGUGUUUGGAGCUGGAGGAGUCGGUAAAAGUUCCUUGGUACUACGGUUUGUCAAAGGCACCUUUAGGGAAAGUUACAUCCCAACAAUUGAAGAUACCUACAGACAAGUGAUCAGUUGCGACAAAAGCAUAUGUACUUUGCAAAUAACUGAUACCACAGGGAGUCAUCAAUUUCCAGCCAUGCAGCGUCUGUCAAUAUCAAAAGGACAUGCCUUUAUUUUGGUUUAUUCCAUCACCAGCAGGCAAUCCUUGGAAGAACUGAAGCCAAUCUAUGAACAGAUUUGUCAGAUUAAAGGGGAUGUAGAGAGUAUCCCUAUAAUGCUGGUUGGAAACAAAAGCGAUGAAAGCCAAAACAGAGAACUGGAUAGCUCGGAAGGGGAGGCAAUGGCCAAAAAAUGGAAAUGUGCCUUUAUGGAGACAUCUGCUAAGAUGAAUCACAAUGUCAAAGAGCUGUUUCAGGAGCUGCUGAACCUUGAGAAACGCAGGACUGUGAGCUUACAGAUUGAUGGCAAAAAGAGCAAACAGCAGAAAAGGAAAGAGAAGCUAAAAGGAAAAUGUGUGGUCAUGUAAAGAACCAACCUGCACCGCAACCUUUACAGCACUUCAGAAAAUAAGAAAAAGAAGAAAAAAAAUGGCAUGUACAAAACAUAGGCAAGCAGUCACAGUAAGCCAUUCCAAACACAUUUAGAACAGAAUAGUUAUUAAUUUAUUUAGCAGCUUGACUCAUUAGAGCAGUUCUGUCCAGCUUUUUCAGUGACCAGUUAUAUGUUUAAAUAUUUAUACCACAAAAUCAUACAAAGCCUGUGGAGUUCUGGAGCAUGAUGGGGGCCAUAGCAGUUCUAGGGUUUCAUACGGCACAUGAGCCUUCAGGUAGGAAACUCAGUUCUUGAGUCUCAGUUCUAGAUCUUCAACCUUUGGCUCUGUUGCUACACUAAAACUUUUGCCAGAGAGCUACAGGCCAAAACUCCUUGCUUUGUAGGGAGUCUGGAAUGUUUAGCUCAUCCAUUGCCUUUUAGGAUUAACAUUAUCAAUCUUGUAUUGGAGCAUUUAAUACGACAUUAGGGUGCCAUAGAUUCAUUCAUCUAUCAUAUGUAUUUUAGCUUUGAUCGAUUGCAUUCAAGGUUACAUGGACUAAAAUAAAAUUCAACUGCAUGACAAAUCAUGCAUUUUGCAAAAAUAUGUAGAACUGUACAUUAGGUCUGAGCACAUUACAUGUAUAAUGUCAUUGGCAUCGCAUUUGGCUUCAAUAAUAUAUUGACAGCUGAAUUGCAUGUGAUGAUAACAGGAGUGAUUCUUAUCAAAUGAAGAGUUGGUGAACUGCAGCUUCAGUCAUGCACAGGGAGCAGGCUUAAAUGAAGCAUCUAGCAUAAACACUAACACCCUUUAACUACACAAAUGAGUAGUGUGUUAUGCACAUCAUGUCCCACAGGUAAAUGAAUAAAGAUUCCUCUGUUUGUAGAUAUGAACUUGCCAACCAAGUGUUACAACUUUUAGAUGCUUAAUAGGAAACUGAAGCUGCUGAUACUACCAAUGGGGAACAAAGUUUCACAUGACACUACUUCCCAUGAAUGAAGAAGCUGGGAAUUUGAUCUCCCAGCUUUGAAAGGCCAAAAAUGUUGACAUCCCUUUUUGAUAGUUUCAUUCUCCUAGCAUGUUGCUUAUCAGAACUCAUAGUUUCUUCUUUUCCUUACCAGGCUAUAUCUACUGAAGUGAAUUCUACUUACUGUUUAACUUCAAUAAAAUCCAAUGGUAUCUUAAUCUCAUGUUCUGCUCUCUAGCAUAAAUAGCUGAACUAUUUAGGAAGUUUUAUUGCUUCUCCCAAGCCAAACUAAAAAUUGCACAUUUGUGCAAAAUAGUGAUUCUUACCAAAAUAUAUCAUAAUAAAAGAAACUGCCAAGCACACACUGUAAAUACAAUAUGUACCACUUGCUGCUACAAGUUCAAAUAAUGCAUUGCACACCCUUAUAAAUGUGCUUACUGUACAUCCACAAUGUGUUUACUUAACAGUGCUUACCAUUAUUCACUAUAAACAGCUGUAUAAAAAGCAUAGAAAUGCACACUUGGUUUUUGUAUAUGAAGCAUAAGCUACACUUAGCACCCUUAAUAACUGCAGGAUGAAACAGACAACUUUUUCAGUUACACUCAGCCUGAAAUGCAUGCAAAGGGUUUUAUGAGUUCCUCAAAAAUAUCACUACAAAAAAAAUCAGGUUUUUUUGGCUUAAUAAAGUUUCCAUUUUUAAACCAAAACAUCAUCUUUCUUUUUUAAUUUUUUUAACAAAUGCAUAUAUAUCAGUUUGAUCCUGCUUUGUUGGGUUGCACCCACAGAGUGUUCUUUAUAAUAAGGGGGUACUGAAUGACUGUAUAAUUAUCUAUAGAGUUAACUGUAUAACGUUGAUCGCGUUUUAUCUUGUAGGUACAUAUCAUUAAGGUCACAGUAAGGGAUAUGACACACAACAUAUUAUGAUCGCCACUGCUGAGGGUUUUUAAAACUUUUGAAACUGACUCACCACAAAAAUGUUUGCAAAGUUCUACACUUUGCAGUAGGUCAGUGCUUUACAUUGGUGUAAUAACAUUAACAAACUGAAUUUUUUUAUUAUUGUUUGAGCAAUAAUGAGGUUACAUAUCAUAUAUAUGGCUGUUUAAUAUAGACAAUAAGAGCACCAUGCCAUUUUGAUAUAAAUGGGCCUGAUGGGCCUCUGCCUGUUGUUUCAGUAAUAAUUUUGAUGACUGUUAGAGAACACACAAGAACAGCAAAAGUGAAUAGACUGAGGCAGAAAGUAAACUCUGUAUUCCAAAGCCUUAAAGAUCACGGAAAGAAUUCAUGCUAUUAAAGUCCAUUGUUCAAAUGGAAAAUAUCAAAUCCGGGUAUAGGAUCUAUUAUCCGGAUUGCUUGGGACUUGGAGUGAUGUAUCAGAGCUUGGGAUUUGGUGGUAUUAAUAUCUGCGGGGAAGAAAACUUCUAACUAGCAAAACAACUUACCCAAACCUCCAAAUCACAGUCUACUCACAUUUUAUUUUGUAAAUGUAUUACUGCCAAUAAUGUUUUUUUGCACUUACAUUUGUCACUUCUCAAAUGCCACCACUCACUGACCUUUUAAGAGCAUGCUAGAAAACUGUGUAGUUAUGCUUAUGCUUAUGCUCACUGAUCCACAUAUAUUAUUUGGCAUUGGAAGAUGAGGAUGAAAGUAAGGAGGAGCCAAAUCUCCUCAUGUGAUUUGCACAACAAUCCAGAUAAUAGGAAGGCUUCUGCAAUUGGUGUGGCCCCACUGUGUCAGGACCAUGGGCCAAUUAGGUUUAAGCAUGUGGGGUUGUCCCAUGUAUGGGCUAAAGUUGUGUUAUACUAUACAAAGUAAUUAACACCCCAUACAAGUAGAUUGCUAAUGAUUUGAUGCAGUUACAUGAGAGCUGAUUCACCAACUUCCAAUAUUCCAACUGGAUAUUAAUGGUUGUUUUGAGUGACUGAAAUGAGAUGGCAUCCCUGUAUAUCCCAGCAUGCAUUUUUCCAUCAUUAGAACAUUAUUUAAUGGGUUUAAAUAUUAUAAGGAGUUAAGUAUCCAUCCAGAUUGUUUGUGCCUACCGUAUGUUACCUUAUUCUCCCCUUAGCUAUAAAUAUUUCAAAUUAAUUGUACCUGAAUUUCACAUUAAAGCUACUUCUAAAAUGUAAUAAUUACAAAAACCUUGCCUUAGAUAUAAAUAUAUUUCUAUUCCAUGCAUUCCAGUUUAUUAUUCUAUUUUGGACUGUGAUGCUGUGCCUAAAUAUUUAAGCAUAAUGCAAGGUACAAAUAAUUUGAUAGAUAUUUUUUUAAUGUAUGAAUGUGUCCAAUUUUCAGUUUGGAUAUAAAAUGUAUACUAGUUAUGGCAAAUGGUAGAACACUGAAUUUGGAUAUCUUAUUUUAAAAGAGUGGCAAAAUCAACAUUGAUUUUAGUGCAAAAUGCAGGGGGCUGUAGUAAUGGCCUUAAUUCUGUUGUAUUGUGAUACUCGUUUAGAAGAUGUAACAUUACAUACACAAAUGAAACUUGAAACUAUUUAUAUCAACUUCUGUAACGAAAUAAGCAUUUCUGCUUCUUUGGAAACAAUGUGAUCUAUAGCUUACGGCUAUGUCAAAGUGUCUAUACAGCAUGUAUAAAUUGUAUGGACUACAUGGAAAAUGGUUCUUGUAAUUGUGCACAAAUACAAAGUAUGCCAUAUAUACACUGUAGGGACUAUUGGGACACUGUAGCUUGUCCCAAUAGUUGACACCAAAUUGUUUUAUUUCAGAAAGGAACUUAAUUUCAGUUAUUUACAUAAAAUCCCCCUCAAUGGCCAGCUUGAUGCCACUUCAGGGCCACCAUUUCUAAGGCUUUAAAAGCAAAGCCGCCUUGCAGCAUAAUCUCUAGUGGAGUUAAACAAAGCACAACCCAUUAUGUGUAGGUGGCUUUUUACAGCCAAAAUAGAAAAUUUCAACAAAGCAACUCCAGUCAAGCACACAGUAUACACAAUUCAUCCUGGGGAAAAAUGAAAAUGUUAUACAGUGAAAUAAUAGACCAUAAAGUGAUCUGUUGUUGCAGUCUGCUGAAGGGUUGAUGUGGACUACAUGUUGUAGACAGACAUAUACACAUUUAGACAUUUUAAUUGUAAUCGUAUAUACAGGCCAUACAGAAUGCUUGCUAUUUAUAGAAGCACAGUGGGGGAAAAGAAUCACAGGUUUAGGGCUCUGCACACUUAAUUGCAUACCGAGGAAGCAAAAUAUUACCUUAAAAUACAAACAGUAAGGCUCUGUAACAGGACAUUCAGUCCCUGGCAAUUGUAAGAGCCAAUUUGUCAUUUUCACCCCUGCCCUGUCUGAGCUCAGAGGUAGGCAUGGGGCUGGGAGGGCAGCAACAUUGGUUCAGCCAUUUAUGGCAGCACAAGGUCAAGAUAUGCCCCUGGGAAGGCACUGAUGUGAUGGCGCAUUUCUAUUUAGAUGUACUUUAUGAAUUAAAUUACAUUAUUACAUGUAAACUGAGAUCUAGGUGCAGGGUGAGUACCAUUGUCUUAAAUUAGUAGCAUAGUAUCUAAGCUGUGCCUUGAUCCUAAAAUAUUUUGGAGAAUAAAUUAAUAUUUGGAGUAUAUAGCCCCCCCAGGUAAAAACUUGACAAAUGCAUGGCUUUGUGUAAAUAUAUAUCCUUUACACAAUGGUGUAAAGGAUAUAUAUUAAGAAAUAUAAUCACACUAUAUCACUAAAUGGUUAGGGUUUAGAUGGCUUGUGUCUGCAUCCCUACUCCAUGCCAACCUCGAUGCAAUUUAUGUAAACACAUAUUUUAAAUUUUAUACAAAACAUAUGGGAUAUUUUGCAUAUUAUAGCACUAAACAUAAUGUAACGCCUCUGUCUAAAGUGGGGAACACUUAUGCUGACGAUCAUGUAAAGCUUUGUAGGUUCUGCCUGCAGAUGUAGCUGAUCGUCUCUCCCGCAAAGUGUCUGAUCUGGCUCUUCAUCUUUUACUUAUGAUGAUUUGGCAUACAAGCUUUUUGGGUGUGCCCACUUGAGAGGCAAAAUCCAUGGGUGACAAAUAGCUACAUCUGUCAUUGCACGAAUUGUUAGUUCAGUUGUACAGGGCAAAGUAGUCCAUUUUAUCCCUAUAGGAAACAAUCAAACGUCUUCUAACCAGCUACAAGCUGCGGCUGCUAAUCUCCUAUUGUACAUAUAGAUUAAUAAAACUACAACUAAUUCUUAUUGGGUUUUUAAUUUCCACUAAACUAUGUUUUAAUAAUAAAAUAUGAGAUCACUUUUAUGUAAGGAAUAGCCAUGUUUUUGAUUUUCAUAUAGGAUAUCAAUAAACUAAGCAGGGUGGUCUAGAAGGUUGAUGAUGGAAUAAAUAUAAGGAAAAUGCUAAAAAAUGUGUUUCAUCAGAUCUCUUAUUAUACAUAUAUUAAUUAGUGCAUUCUUAAGGACUUAUGUACUGUGUAUUAAAGCCAUGAUCUGUUUAAUUGUCUUGCAUGAGUAACAGGCAAGGCCAGUAAGCAAUACUAUUUAUGAAGCAGUUGUUUUUAGCAUAUUUUAUAUCCUUGUAUUGUUACUGUAGUUUCUAAGAGUAUUUUUUGCAUAUGUUAUGCUGGUCAACAUGAUCGUUCUGCUGUCAUUGGUACAAGAUGCUUAUUUUAGUAGGAAAAAUAACUUGUAGAAAAAGAUCAAAUGAGUAAAGCUUUAUUAAUGCAAGUCUUUAUUGAAAUGCCAAUAUCCACAAUCUCUUUCAGAUCCAUAUAAAUUAUGAAUGGCUAAUUUAACAAAAUAGCAUGAUUAGUCAUUACAGUAUUCUGUGUAGCUAUCAGAUUGUGAUUAUUAUUAGAACGUCAUCAAUUCUAGCUGAAAAUAUGAAAAAAGGUCUGCGCCUCCCUGUUUCUAUGUUUUCAGUGAUGUUAUGAAUAUUAAUGAACCAUGCAAAAAUAAAAGUUUUAAAUUAUGAUAAA